UUGUGUUGCAGGUGUGUUGCUGCUGGUCAAACUCCCAAACAAGUAACGGAACCGGGGUAGUACCGGCCGGUUGCCAGAAAGUUGUUUUGUCGAAACUUGUUAAGAUAUCCAUAAAGGGGUUUAGUUGUAAGAAAAAGAAAAAAGAUUUCCCAGUUGUAGAGUUUGAGAAGAACCUCCUAUAGUCCUCAACCUGUGGAUUAAACUUUAUUUCACUGUGCGUCAUGAUUUCCAAACACAGGCCGCCGCCGAGUGACAGAGGAAAAGUCCGUUAUCGUCGAUGAGAGUGACUCGGAGCUGAAUGGAGAAGGAGUAAACACUUUAAAUGAGGCCAUGAAUUUCGGCGUCCCCGCUAAUUCGCUGCUGCUUUUCCGUGCCUGCGACGAGGGGGACUAUGAAACCGCUCGGGGGAUCCUGGAGCCCGGAGCCCCGAAAGAGUCCGGGCGGCAGAGCAGGCUGCGGUCAGAAGCUGGGUCGGAGUGCAACACCGCGGACAUGUUGUCUCUGGUACCGGUGGACUGCACGGACGAGGAGGGGAACACCGCCCUGCAGUUUGCGUCCGCCAGCGGGCACGAGAACCUGGUCCGCUUUUUACUACGAAAGGGAGCCUCGGUAGACAUCCGCAACAACUACGGCUGGACCCCGCUGAUGCAGGCUGCGAGGUUUGGUCACCUGACUGUUGCCCACAUCCUGUUGGAGAACGGGGCAGAGAUCAACGGACGGAACAGGCUCGGUGCGAGUGUCCUGACUAUGGCGGCCCGUGGGGGACACACUCAUGUAGUGAAGCUACUCCUGGAGAGCGGGGCCUAUGUUGAUGACUAUGAUCAUCUGGCUGUUGCUGCAGAUGCAGUCUCAAAUGGCAACAACAACAACAGCUGCAGCACAUCUGGUUUCGGAGGCAGUGAAGGCUGUCUGGGAGGAGGCGGCAGAGACUUCAUGGACAUCAUAGCUCUGAUGGUGGCAGCUCAACAUGGCCACGAAGCUGCGGUGCGCCUGCUGUUAGAGUGGGGCUCUGAUGUCAACUUUUCCCAGAAGACAACUGGCUGGGGACCACUGAUGGUGGCCACCCUCAGCGGAAAGGUGGCUGUGGCUCAGCAACUCGUGGAACGUGGAGCUGACCCAGACCGAGUCAAUGUCCUGUCCAAGACGGCAUUUGAACUAGCCAUGCAGCUUAAACAGAGAGACAUCAAGGCCUAUCUGGACUCCAUCACUACUGUCCGACCUCAGACAGACGAUGAAAGAAGAAGACCAGAUGUCUUCAGUGCCCUCAAGUUGGGAAAUUCCCAGCUCGUCAAAGAGAUCUUGGAGGAGGAUCCCACACAGGUGAAUUCCUCCAAUCAGGAGGGAGCGUCACCUCUCAUGAUGGCAGCAGUGAGCGGUCAGUUAGAAGUGGUGCAGCUGAUGGUGGAGAAGAAUGCCGACAUAGACAAACAAGACGGUGUCCAUGGGUGGACCGCUUUAAUGCAGGCCACCUAUCACGGUAAUAAAGACAUUGUCAAGUAUCUGUUGAAUCAAGGGGCAGAUGUCAACCUUCGAGCUAAGAAUGGAUACACAGCCUUUGAUUUGGUUAUGUUGCUGAAUGACCCAGACACUGAGUUGGUGCGUCUUUUAGCAUCGGUGUGUAUGCAAGUAGACAAGGACAAGUCGAAACACCGUGGCAGAGCCUUAAUGACUCGCUCCAAAAGCCGUCAGUCCCUCAACAACGUCCCUGUGCCGCCUGACGACAAGGGAGGCCUUAAGUCCUGGUGGAGUCGGAUGUCAAAUCGGUUCCGACGCCUUAAGCUGACUCACACCCUGAGGCACGGCCUCUCAUCCAACCGCCUGGCUCCGUUUCCAGACGAUGCUGAAACUUCACUGGAUGCCACAAUGAAGGCGAAUCGGAAGCCUGCUGCUGUGUCUAAUGGAGCACUGGCACCAACUCCUGCCCUGGGAGGGAAUGAUAUCAGCACUGCCUGGGCCGUCAAGACCAAAGAUGCCGGUCUUUGCAGGCCGUCUUCAGAAAAGGAGGACUCUCUUAUCACCACAAUGCUCAGAAGUGGUGCGCCCUUGACCCGACUGCCCAAUGACAAGUUAAAAGCGGUGAUCCCUCCCUUCCUGCCUCCGUCCAACUUUGAACCGUGGAACUCGGACCGUUCGCGCCUUCUCAGGGAGGGAAAGAGUGAAGCACCUCGCCUACCGAUGCCACCUCAGAGGAAGCUGAACAGCAGUGGAAACUCAGAUAUUACGUCCAUCAGCCGUGUAGUUAGCAGAUCCAUGAAGUUCCCCAGCAUCCCCAAGGGGCCUUCCUCCUCCUCUCCUUCAAACUCUGGUCACUACCACUCCCCCCACUCCUCAGGAGGCUCCAAUGGAGUGGCAGGGAUCAACCGGGACUCCCACAACCGUUCAGGGGGCAGUGCAGACAGCGUUCUCUCUCAGAUAGCAGCCCAAAGGAAGAGAGCAGCAGGCCUGAUAGAUGUGAAGGUCCAACCUCCAGAGAAACAGCAGAGCCAGACACAGAGCCACCCCUUACUACCACCCUCAGCCCCCGGCCUGCCACUGCCUGAUAUCAGCCUUCCUGACAUCCACUCCCACCCUAGCCUAGUUACUUCUGACAUCCACUCAAGAAGGAAAAUGGAGCUGAAGAAGAGACCUCAGUCAGGGAAUUCCUCCACCUCCAAGAGCACGUCGCCCACGCUGACUCCAUCUCCUUCCCCAACACCCAAGCCUCCUACUGGACCAGGAGACUCUCUGUCCUCAGCCUCUUCCCAUCCUCGUUCCAAGAGUAGUGGUGGGUCCAGCAGUGGAACCAUAACUGAUGAAGAUGAGCUGUCAAGUAUAUUGAAGAAACUGUCCCUCGAGAAAUACCAGCCCAUAUUUGAGGAGCAGGAGGUGGACAUGGAGGCAUUCCUGACUCUAACAGAUGGAGACCUGAGGGAGCUGGGCAUUAAAACAGAUGGACCCAGACAACAGAUCUUGGCUGCCAUAUCAGAGCUCAAUGCUGGAAAGGGCCGAGAAAGGCAGAUCCUUCAAGAGACCAUCCAUAACUUCCAGUCUUCCUUUGGUAGCAGUGCCAGUAACCCAAGACAACCAGGUGAACCACGCUCACCAACCGGUUGGAUGAGACACCAGGUUCGUUCCUCCAACAAAAGGUAACCCAGCAGCCCUGAUGCCCUGCAGGAAGUACACCAAAGGUACUUAAAAUAAGAUAAGGCACGAAUAAUCCAGUAUGGAGUCUUCUGGACCUCAGUGUCCCGGACCACUAGCGGUGUUAUGCAAGAGGACGCUGCAAACAAGCAACCAUGCCCUGAUAAACUGUCUUUAUUGGACCCUCCGGGACUAAACUGCCUUAAAGAAUUCUGCUUAUGGAUCCUAAAGCAGGGGAGGUGUGACAGGGCUUGCUGAGUCCAGUGUCCUGCUACUAUCUGACAAAGCACGCCAUGUGUGGCAAAUUAUAUGUUUUGCCAUAGUGAUACAGCUGCCACAUCUAGAGCUAAUGCAGCACAUGGGUGACUUGAAGGGUGAGGUUAAAGAGAGUUCUGAAAGACAAGUAGAUCAAAUAGAAAGCAGAGGGAGACAGAGUGUGAGCCAAAAGAGAGAUUUUUUAUUUUUUCUGAACAAAUGUGAGACAUAGUAUUGUAAAAGUGUCAAGAUAAGUUGAGAGAAAAGAAGAAAGAGAUUAUGGGUACAUCUGUGAACUAAAAUGAAACAGGUAUUAUCCAGUAAAACUGUGACUGAAGUGUGCAAUGACGAGGGAAGCUAAUGGAGAGAAAGAAAGAGGCAUCAGCCAAGCUAUAUUUUGUCAUCCAGUCUCUCGGACUGCUGUUGCUAGUGUGUUUAUGUCUUUGGUUUAUGGGCCACUAUGUAAAGUAAAUUCUUAGUCAAGACUGUGCUGUCAUAAAUAAAUAAACAUUAUGAUGAUGCAAUAA